CGCGCUUGUCUCAGAGCGAGGCUUGGAACGCUCUUGCUGUCACCGGGUAUCUGUGUGCCUCUUCCCCACCCGAUACCGGAACCAGAACCGGCUGAGGUGUAACCGGUAACGGCGCGGCCUUGUGCGGACUCCGAGCUCUAACUCCAGGAUGAGUGUAGAGGCCACAGGAAAGCCCUUGAAAGUGGGCUCUCGCGUGGAGGUGAUCGGGAAGGGACACAGAGGGACAGUUGCUUAUGUCGGGGCCACAUUGUUCGCCUCGGGAAAAUGGGUGGGAGUCAUCUUGGACGACCCCAAGGGAAAGAACGACGGCACAGUGCAGGGCAGAAAAUAUUUCACCUGCGAGGAAAACCACGGUAUAUUUGUUCGGCAGUCACAGAUUCAGGUUGUGGAUGAUGGCGCAGAUACCACUUCCCCCGAAACACCAGAACCAGCCUCUUCCAAAGUUCUCAAGAGAGAGGUAGCCGAGACCCCCAAAAGCAGCAAACUGGUGAGUGCUAAAUGUGUGUACUGUUCUCUAAUUGUGCAUCCUGUCAACGGGCAGCGAGCCGACGUGUGCCCAGGUCAGCAUGUCACUGCCAGUGUGUGCUCAGGUCAGCGUGUCACUGCCAGUGUGUGCUCAGGUCAGCGUGUCACUGUCAGUGUGUGCUCAG